AUGUCUUCCGAGGUUCCGCUGAAGCGAUCCGAUUGUCUCUCUCCCAUUAUCACGGAUUCGGGCCCAACGGAUCGACCACACUUCAUUAACUCCUCUGAAUCACGGUGUUUCAUCGAACGACCCGCUCCAAUCUUCAUCUGGUCGGUUGGUUUAGAUCACGUUCAAGAGCUGUCCGUCCAAAUGCGUUUGGAUAAUUCAGUGUCAUGGAUCCCUUGA